UUGAAAAACACCUCGCGCUGCAGCAAGCUGGCUGGGAAGCUCCCAGUUCUAAAGAGAGCUGUUUACCAGAAGAGCACAAGGGCAGAUCUGGCUGCAAGGCUAAGGCUGAGGCUGAGGCUGAGGCUGGAAGGCAAAGCUGCUGCCAGAGGGGACCCCAGGUGGAUACUGACUGUUCAAUCACCUGCAGGACUGAGGAGGAGAGGAUGGUGUUGGGCUGGGCACAGACAUUUCUUCUCAGCAGUAUGCUUCUAGCAGAAGCCUUCGGAUCUGGAGGCUGUUUCUGGGAUAACGGACACCUGUACCGGGAAGACCAGUCCUCGCCCGCGCCGGGCCUUCGCUGCCUCAACUGGCUGGACGCGCGGGGCGGCCUGGAGCCUGCCCUCGUGUUGGGCGCCGGCAACCACAAUUACUGUCGGAAUCCGGACCGCGACCCGCGCGGGCCCUGGUGCUACGUGAGCGGCGAGGCCGGCACCCCCGAGAAGGUGCCUUGUCAGGACGCGCGCUGCCCAGAAACUACUUCCCAGGCACCCCCAACUUCCACAUCACAGUCUGAGGAGACCACUGAAGUGCCAGGUGGCAAUGAGGCGCUGGUGUUUGCUCCUGCCAACACCCUGCCCGCCCGGAGCGAGGCGGCGGCUGUGCAGCCAGUGAUUGGGAUUGGCCAGCGGGUGCGAAUGAACUCCAAAGAGAAAAAGGAUCUGGGAACUCUGGGCUAUGUACUGGGUAUUACCAUGAUGGUGAUCAUCAUUGCCAUUGGAGCUGGCAUCAUCUUGGGCUACUCCUACAAGAGGGGGAAGGACUUGAAAGAGCAGCAUGAGCAGAAAGUGUGUAAGAGGGAGAUGCAUCAAAGCACGCUGCCCAUGUCUUCCUAUACCAACCCUGCCUAUGCCAACACUUCCUUUGAGACGGUGGAUGAAAGGACUGUAGUGGUCCACAGCAACCAGCCUCCUGUUGACCUUCAGGAAGGCAGCAUGCCCCUCAUGGGCCAAGCUGGCACCCCUGGGGCCUGAGCUUCAGUGGGCAGGAGCCAGUACAAAAACUGGAGCAGGACAGCCCACCUCCCUGGGAGGACCUGCAUUUUGUUUUGCGGCUAACUCCCCUUCCCUUUUUGGUAAAUCCUCAUGAAAGAAGCAGGCAGCAUGGUGGGCUGAGGGCUGGGUAGGAUCCUAUUAAUGCUCCCAAUGCUCCUUCUCCAUCCCUGGGAGGAUUUUGCCUGUGGAUGGACACAGUGGCACAACUCUCACACUGGUGUUGCUGACAAGGUCUUCCAAAUACUGUUUGUGUUCCUGGAACUGGACAGGGAUAGACAGGCAGCUUCCCCAAGGCUCCUCUGUGCUUUAGUAAGGUGGCCUCAGCCUUUGCCUUUCCAUUUGUUCUCCAUGAGCUUGAGUGGCAUAUACUGUUAUUCAUAGUUAAGGUUAAGCAGGUCAAGAGAUGGCACUGAAAAAAAUGUGUAUUUAGUUUUUCAGUAUUAGGGAUGGAACUCCCUAUUGACUUUUCAGAACCAGAAAUGAGUUUGUCACAAGUCAGAACUUUGGGCAGAGAAUGGGAUCUAAGUUGGGGCCUGCUGGGUGUGCUCGUUUGUUGGCAGUGAUGUGCCUUGACAACCGUGGGCUGGACUGGGCCCAGGGACUCUUCCUGUGUUGUAGGAAGAGAAAAAUUGCACUAAACAUUCCAUUUAGGAAGAGGGUAGAGAAGGAUAUACUCCUGCCUUAGGCCUCAGGGACAGAGGUGGACCUGGGGUGCCCCAGACUAUCUCUCUUUUGGGGUGGUGACCUCUCUCCAUUUUGUACAAGUAAGAAAGGAACCAGUUAACCCAUGGGAUUGAUACACUGUAGGCUCAUUGAGUUGAUUUUAGGUCAACUUGCAUACUGAGCUCAGAGGCAAGAUAAUAAAGCACUUCAGGACUUGCCCCUGCAGUGUACCCUACUUGCAAGUGGCCCUGUGGUUUCCAGGUCAACAUCUUCCUAUGGGGCAGUGGAGCUGAUGUUAUAACCCUUAACUUGUGAAACAAUCAUAGAACCAUUGGAAUGGAUGCUAAAGUUCUUCAAAAUUUUUGGACACAGGAACCCAGAGAGGUAAAAUGGCUUGCCCAAGGUCAUAGAACAAGUUACUGGCAUGGCUAGUAGGUGAGCCCUAAGCUUCCUGAUUGAACAGUUCUUCCAUAGCACUUGAAGCUCAGCAGGCCCUCUAGGCCCUGAUGUCCUAUGUGGUGGCCUUGGCAACAUUCCUUGGCCAGAGAUUCCUUGUUAAACAUCCUUCCACUAUCCAGUGUGGACAAGGGAUAAAUGGAGCCCAUUCUGUUUAGGAGGGGGUUCCCUAGGACCACUUGCUGAGGGUACCUAGGCCUCAGAGGGUCCCUUGGUGUUAGUGACUCUGGAGAAGAGAACAUUACUGGUUUCUAUUUUUCUAUAAGUAUUUCUCUGUAUACAUGUUUUAUAUACCUCAUUCUGACACCUGUGUAUAAAGUAUGGGAAAUUGCUGUGUAUUUGACAUAUAAAAGUAAAACAAAACGAA